CGAACGCUGAAACACGGGGUGGCAACAAGAACGGCGGAGGCCAGCCAAUCAGUUAAUAGCGGCAGAGCGGGGCACGAGAAGCUCCCUGUUGCUUCGGUCAAUAACAGAAAUUGGGGACGCCGCAGCUGCCCUUCCUAGGCGAGGAGAAGCGUUGAAAAUCAUGCCUUUUUUGGGCCAGGACUGGCGGUCUCCAGGAUGGAGGUGGAUUAAAACAGAAGAUGGUUGGAAGAGAUGUGAGCCUUGCUGUUCAGAACUUGAGGAUGAGAACAGUAAUCUUAACAUCAGUCAUGAUAUCAUCUUGAAUGAUGAUGAAGUUAUAUACAGUGCUGAAGAUUGUGAAUUUACAAGCAAGAAAAGGAAAAAGGACCAUUUUAGGAAUAAUGCAAAAUCUCAGUGCUUCUACCGUGAAAAAUGGAUAUAUGUUCAUAAAGAGAGCACCAAAGAACGGCACGGCUACUGCACAUUGGGAGAAGCUUUUAAUCGCUUAGAUUUUUCAAGCGCCAUUCAGGAUAUCAGAAGGUUCAAUUAUGUGGUUAAACUUUUACAGUUAAUUGCACGAUCCCAGUUGACUUCAUUGAGUGGUGCAGCUCAGAAGAACUAUUUCAACAUCUUGGGUAAAAUUGUCCGAAAGGUGUUGGAAGACCAGUACAACCCACGUCUCAUCAAAGACCUUCUUCAGGAUCUGAGUUCUGCACUCUGCAACUUAAGGAGCGUUGGGAAGUCAGUCUUGAUAGGGAACAUUGAUAUUUGGAUUUGCAGAUUAGAAACUAUCCUUUUGUGGCAACAGCAGCUCAAUAAUCUUCAGAUGACCAAGCAAGUCAACGAUGGAUUUACACUCAGUGAUCUUCCUUUACAUAUGCUGAAUAACAUCUUGUAUAGAUUCUCAGACGGUUGGGACAUUAUUACCUUAGGCCAAGUGACUCCCACGUUGUAUAUGCUCAGCGAAGAUCGGCAGUUAUGGAAAAAGCUUUGCCAGUACCAUUUUACUGAAAAGCAGUUCUGUAGGCAUCUUAUUCUGUCAGAAAAAGGCCUUAUUGAUUGGAAGCUGAUGUACUUUGCGCUUCAGAAAUAUUACCCCAUAAAGGAGCAGUAUGGAGAUACUUUGCAUUUCUGUCGUCACUGCAGUAUUCUUUUCUGGAAGGACUACCACCUUGCUUUGUUACUGAAGGAUAUGGGACAUCCUUGCACAGCCAACGAUCCAGACAGUUGCCUCAUGCCCGUAUCUCCCCAGCACUUCAUAGAUCUCUUCAAAUUUUAAGUGCAGUCACAUCAUUCUGUCCUUUUUUGCAUUUUUUUCUUUUGAGGGGCAUAAUCAGGCAGUGUAUGUAUAAUGCUUUUUGUGCAAUAUUUCUCUGAAUGUGCUUUGUAGUUAAAAAGGGAUGUAGCUGAGUCAGGAGGAAAGAAUAUGGACCAGAGCCAAUCAACUGUUCAUAGAAGGACAGUAAACCUUUGCUAGGGAAGAUGCACCAUGGAACAGGAUCUACAGAAGGCUACUUGGAUUCACUGGUAACUACAUCAGAUUUUGGAACUUCAUCACUUGACAUUUAGUAAGACUAUAUUGACUUCUGGGUUGGGAAAUACAGGUAGUUUCAAGAGCUGACUAAAAACAACUCGCUUCCUGGCUUCAUUUCCUUUCCCCAUCACGUUCUAGAUGCACACAGUUUGAAUCCUUCAGAGAACGGUCUCCAGGGCUUCUUGGUACCUAUCGUGUCACCUGUGAGUGUUGCAUGUUGGCAAAAACCUAGUUGCGCAUCCCUGUUGCGGCGCCCUUUGUGAAAGAAGCCAGCGCCUUUAUGUAAAUACAUUAUGCAGAAUAUUUAUUUUUCUUAAAAAGUAUUUUAUUAAUACUGUCAGACCUAUCUGUGUGGGUUGCUGAUUUCUGAAUUGUGGUGGAGUUUUUCCAGUGGUGGUCCAUUCCUUUUGCUUUGAUCUUCUAGUUCUCUUACUGUUAUAGCCUUACUGCUGUCAAGAUUUGGUGCAGGGGCCAAACAGAGCUUUAACAAAGAAGUAAAGUGGCAUGUUAGUAGACUGUUCUGAUGUAAUAAUUAGGGUUGUGUGCAAAAACCUCUGGCCAGCUUGCUGGUGUGAAGCAUCUCCUACAAGUUGAUGUGAUUAUGGCGAGAAUUCUCUUGGCUGCUGCUCUUGUCUCCGACAGGUAUUGAAAAGAAUGGAAGACAAAGUCAGUGUAUCGAAAAUUUAAAAUGAUUGACAGUGUCUUUUGGAAGUCUUAAUCGUUUCAACCUAAUGUAGUGUACAGAUGAUUAUAGGCCUUAUGUUAUAUGCCAAACUGUGUUUUGAAUCUAGUUUUGUACACGAAUAAAUCAUGUUUUUGCCUUAUAA